AUGAACAGUAGCCAUUAAAACCAAAAUUCAUAUAAGAAUCCUUACUAGAAGACUUAACAUCUCGAUGUUAUUGCUCCAAAUGUUGUUAAUAUGAGAAAAAGAUAAGAGGAAAGUGAAAUGAGAAGGAAAAAGGAUUAGGAGGAUAGGUAAAUCGAUUAGAUUGAUCCAGAAUAAGAGAGUUUUAUGGACUUUUAGCUCGAGAAUUUCGUUCUCCAUUUUGUAAGCGGCAAGAUAUGUUAUGAGACUACAAAUGCUGUUGUAAUUGAUGUAGAUAGCUAAGCACUUAGGACAGAUUAAGAUGAGUAGUAGUAAUAAUUCCGUAAUAAGACUCUGCAAAAUCUGACUGAACUUUAAUGUGCAACAAUUAGAGCUCAGGACACAUCAAGCUAUAAGUUUGAAGUGAUCAUCAAUCCUCCGAAAUAUUGCUGUGAGUAAAAAUUGAAUUUAAUUUAACAGAAAAAGAAUAUCACUAAUAUUAAAAGCUAUAUCAAUGCUGCUAUCUAGGAAGGAAAUAAUCAAAAUUUUAAAGCUAUCUCCAUUCCAGCAACUUUAAAAAGCAUUCAGAAUUUGAAACCAAAGACUCAGAUAUUUGAGACAUUAUUUGAAACUCUUGAUGAAUAUGAUUUGAGUUAAGAAUCUGCAUCAGGAUCAUUAAAAAAGAUAAGAAUAGUGCUUGAAGACAGAUCUGAGAGGAAUCUUUUUGAGACAAUCAUUUCAAGGAUGUACAUUCAAAGAACUCCAUUUAGUUUGAUGAGUGAUAUUGAUAGGAAAAAAGUUAAAGAAGGCAUAAGCUUAACUGAGGAAUUUCCUUGCAAAUAAUGUAACUAAGUAUCAUUUUCUACGAAAGAGAAAUUAUUGAAUCAUUUAGGGUUAGAAUGCAUUAAACUAAGAUGCAAGUGCUGUGGUGAUUUGUUUGCAGAAGCUAUAUAUGAAUUUCAUUUCGAAGAUUGCAUCAAGCCAAAACUCCAAGAGUAUGACGAGACGACACAUGAUCCCCAAGACUUAUCGGGCGGAUAGUUUAAGUAACAGUAUAUCAAUAUCGAUGACUUCAAAACGAGCUAUUGGGAUUAAUUUGAACCUUCAUUCUGCUUUUCUUGCUCUUAGAAUUUAGGAUUCGAUCAGUUAUAUGUUAUCUUGCAUUGUAGCCAUUUAUUUCAUUAUGAAUGUGCUGAGAGAUUUUUAGCAAGAUCACCGAAUUGCCCUUAAUGCGGAUAUGACCAAAUAAGAAGAGCUAUUUGA